GUAAACAUUCAACUGUGAGUUUAUUUUUAUUUUUUAAAUCAAUCAUUUGCUUUAGAAUAAAUUUCUUGACGAUUUCUUGAUUUUUUUUUUUUGAACUGAUAUUAUGGCUCUUAAAAUGAAAAAAUUCGAAAAAAUGAUUCGUGGGGAUCAAGUUCCCGAACAGAAAUCUUACGAUAAAGAAGAAACUACUGAGAUGAUAAGAUUUAAUGAAUUAGAAUAUCUCAAACAACGCAUAUUUGUUAACUCGUUGAGUCAUAUUAAGGAUGAUGAAUUGAGAAAAAAAUGCUCAGAUAUAACUACUCAUUAUAGACUUUUUAAAGAUGAAGAAUCACAUUAUAAAGUAAAGGAGUUGUCAGACGAUGAUAAAAUUAAAUUGGAUAAAUGCAUCGAGGAGUGCAUACACAAUGAGUGUGCUCAAAUUACUAAUGAAAAAGAAUCUAUCCCUUCAGAUUUGUUAAAGUUAAUUGAAUCUGAACCAGCUAUGCCAGAUACUAUAAAAAAUAAAUUAAAUAAUAUGUUGACUCUUUUGAAUAAGUAUACAAAUAAUCAAAAAGACAUAAAACAUUCAAUGCUUACAUUAUUAGAUAGUAGCAAUGUCAAUAUCUUAGAAGCCCAACAAUUAUCAAAAAAAGUAGAUGCUAUUAAAGUUAAUUCAAAUAAGUUGCAGAGUGAUAUCAUCAGUAAAUUUUCCUGUUCCAAAGAAUUAUUUGAGUCAUUGGAAAAAUACUACAGCACUAAAGAAAAAGAAUAUGAAACAGAUUUGUCAAAGCUCAAGGAAUUACAGAAACUACAAGAUAAAUAUAAGGUUGUAGAUGGUCCACAAUAUAAAGAUUUAGUUAAAAGAUUUAAACAAGCCCAGGAAAUCAUUAAAAUUAAAACAGAAAUGUUGAAUAGUUAUUAAAAAAAUUGUAUUGUAUAUUUACUGUAUAAAACAAAAAUUGAUCAUGAACACCUACGAUAAACAUUUUAGAGCUAUGAAUCAUAAAUGUGAUUUUCACUUAAUAAAUGUAUGCCCAUUAUAAUAUGACGUAUAAUAUAGUUUUAAAGUAAUAA